AUGCCGCAGAGCGCAUCGGCGGAGCGGCAGGGCAGCGCCAUGGCGCCGAGCCUGCCGGGGCCGAGUGCGGAUCGACUGGACGAUGCGCCCGACGCAAGUGCCAUUGACCAGAAUGGUGAACAUGUCAUUACGCUGAACGUCGCGCCGUCUGACACGGCCGAAACCGGCGCCCCGGACGAAGGCAGCGACGAGGAGGAGGACGACAACCAAGACACACUCCACCUCUGGGACGAGGACAGCGACGAGGAGGACCAACCGAAGCCGAAGCGCAAGUCGAUUCUUCCGUUUGCGCACGACGGGCAGCCGCAUCUGCCGAACGUGGCCAACUGGUGGCGGACGCUGCUGAUGGGCUCCGCGGCGCCAGGCACGCUGUCGACCGGGCACGUUGCGAUGAACUUGCUGUCGUCGGGCCUGCAUCCUGGCGUGCUCUUGGCUAUGCCGGUGUACUUUACGCGUGCUGGCGUGCUUCCGGGCCUCAUUGUACUCAUCUUUGUCGCGAUGCUGACCGCGUUUGGCGGCGCGCUGUGGAUUACCUUGGGCCGCUACGUCGGCGGCAACACGAUCGAGUCGAUUACAGGGCGUGCUUUUGGUAUGAACACGCAGUGGAAGCGCAAUUUAGGCCUCGGCCUGAGUAGCGUCACGCUCGUGGUGUACUGCACCGGCGCGGCCGUCAUUGGCUACCAUGCCAUGACCGACCUCUUGCUGCAGGUCUUUUUCCACUACAUGAGCCCUGGCAACUUGCUUCACGGCCGCGCGUUUGUCACGCUCUUUGUCGGUGGAUUUAUGACCCUUCCGCUGCUGAUUUCCACGACGCCCAAGCGCAACAUCAUCCAGCUCCAGUCGUGGACCGUCGUGAUGUGCUACCCCAUGAUUGCCGCAAUCAUGUACAUGCGUAUUCAUGACUGGCACCCCGAAAUCCACUUUUGGCCCUAUCCCCACAUCGAUCUCGGGCGGCCCGACCACGCCGUGCAUCCCGAGGUCGUCCCGAUGCCGCACAUGAGCGAGUACACGUGGCCCUGGGCAAGCACUGCGAUGCUGCCGCUGCUCUUGCUGAGCGCGACGCCGGCACAAAUUUUGGCACACGCCCGCAGUCUGCGGCGCAAGGCCGUGUACGACUCGAAUGUACGCUCAUUCUACCUGGCACAGCUCUGCCAGUCGGUCAUGAUGAUCUCCAUCAUCUACAUUGUCGGCGUCCAGAUCGGCAUGGUCGGCUCCUCGGAGCUGGACGGCGGUUUGCACGCCAACUUUUUCAGCUCGCUUCCGCUGGACGACGACCUGGUCAAUACAGCACGGAUUCUCUUUACCGUGCUGCUGGCCGCGCAUUUGUGUGUGUGCUUGGCGUCGGCACGCUCCUCGUGGAGCAGGCUGCUGAAUUUGCUCAACGUGCACCCGCUGCGGAGCGUCCAGCCACCUACACCCCAGCUUCGUGGCGGCCCGAUGCGCCGAUCGACGAGUGCGACCUCCGCGUCGCCCAGCCCUCGGUACCUGCCGACGCCGUGGCGGACGUCGGGGCUCGUCCUGCCUUCGCUCGACGAGGAGACCACGCCGGAAGUUCGCGCAUGGCGCCGCUUCAAGUUCGUCCGCGGCUCGCUCUCGGCACUCGUCCUGUGGAGCAUCACGGCACUCUCGGCGUACUUUUCCGGUGUCGGCGGCGUGUUCCGCCGAAAUGAGAAGGAGGGCGAAGAGCUGCGCUUCUUGCGCUCGCUCGAGACGAUCGGCAUUGUGGGCGCGUUUGUUGGUUUUCUGUUGCCGGCCUUUAUCUGGCUUGUACUCUUCCGCAUUCGCCGGCCGCGGGCAAUCCUCAUGCUACAGUCGAACUCGGUGCGUCGGCGCAUGAGCCGGUACCUGCUCAGUCCGCUGAGUGCUCUGAUUCCUACUUCGCGCUCCCACGAAGAAACAGAGCCGCUGAUGAACAACGAAACUACCGAAAACCAAGAGGAGCCAAGCCGCACAGGGGGUGCGGCGUACGGCGCGACGGGCGACUGGGAAGUCGACAUGCCGAGCCACGAGAACGAGGAGACAUCGUCGACACGCGACGACGCAACGCUCAUUCUCUUGGCCCGCAAGGAACGCCAGCUACAGCGCCGCACUAGGGGGCGCCGCCUGUACCAGGAGCUGAUUGUCGUUGCGGUCCUGCUGCCCUUUGGCUUAUUUUUGGUCGUAUCUUCGGCCAUUGAACUGGCAGAAGGCGGAUAUUAA